AGUAGAUUGCAAAAUGGUAGAGCAUGCGCGUGUGUCUACGAGUUAUAAGGCCGGUACGAGGGCUCAAAGAAUAUUGGCACUGGAACCAAAACCAGGAGCAAGUUCGGAUAUUGAGAGCAGUGACUCAUCGGAUGGUGAAAUAACUGGACACGCUUCUGACAACGAUGAGAGCUCGAUACCACCUUCUUUGCCAUCAUCACUCGAAAAUCUGCACGUAUUGUCGGAAAGUGAAAACGACUACAGGGAGGUAUUAGUCCCAGCCGAAAAUACGACGAAUGUUACGAGACGCGUGAGUUUGUUUAGUAAUUUGUCUACGUCCAGUGUUUCUGCUUCUCCAACCAAUGUAAUAGUCCCAGCGACACCUUCACCGAUUUCUUCAAUGGCCAAUAGCUCUACAUAUAUAUUAUCCGUACCAUCACCAUCAAAUGCUACUCGAUCCAGCAAAAGAGUUUACUUAGUCAAAAAGACUAUAGUUAAGAAAAAAAGCUUGAAGUUAAGUGGACAACUGCAAGAUUUAAAUACUCUGCUGAAAUCAGUGAUAAAAUAUUCAACAAAUCUUCUGAAACAAAAUCACCGUUGGAAUAUUUCAAACAAUUUUUUUCAGAGGAUAUAUUUGAAUUGAUAGUUCGAGAAAGUAAUUUAUAUCAUAUGCAAAUAAAGGGCACGCCCAUGAAUAUGACUUUGGAUGAAGCAAAGGAUUUUAUUGCUAUUAAUAUUAUCAUGGGUGUCGUACGUUUGCCAGCUUAUACGGAUUAUUGGUCUAAAGCUCUCAGAUACAGCAAAAUAGCAGAUAUCAUGACACUGAAAAGAUUUCAACUGUUCCGACGAUAUUUGCACUUUGCAGAUGCUUUAGGUGACGAUGGGGAUCGUUAUUACAAAAUAAGACCUUUGUUAGAAAAAAUUCGCCAAAAUUGCAUAAAUAUUGAAGAGGAACACCGUUUCAGUGUGGACGAAAUGAUGGUGCCGUAUAAAGGUACGAGAGCUGGUACCCGCAAGCAGUACAUCAAAAAUAAGCCUCGAAAAUGGGGUUUUAAAAUAUUCGUUAGAGCAGGAAUAUCUGGAAUGGUGUAUGAUUUUUUGCUUUAUGGGGGAGAAGACACUUUCCGAUUUCAUCAAUUCAAUGCAGAAGAAAACAGCAUGGGAUUGGGAGCUAAAGUUGUCAUAGCUUUGAGCAAGACAAUCAAAGAGCCUGCUUGUAAAGUGAUUUAUUUUGAUAAUUUUUUUACCUCCAUAGAAUUAGUAUAUCACCUGAGAAAUGAGUACGGGAUAUUUUCCUUGGGAACAGUGAGACCAAAUCGUUUGCGCGGAGGAGACAAAAAGCUUCCUUCUGAUAAUAUUUUGAAAAAACGAGGCCGCGGAGCUUUUUCACAAAUUACUUCUAAUGAAAGAAAAGUAGCUGUGGUCAAAUGGUUUGAUAAUAAAUGUUUUACUAUAGCUAGUUCUUAUGCUGAUGCUCAUCCAGUUGACCAUGUAUUGAGGUACAAUAAAGAUAAAAAGCGCAAAGAACCAGUGCCCUGUCCAAACAUAGUUCGGCAAUACAAUGCCCAUAUGGGAGGUGUGGACCUGGCGGACAUGCUGAUUGCACUUUAUCGCACUGAAAUGAGAGCGCAUAGAUGGUACAUACCUCUUUUCUCACAAAUGCUUGACAUCUGUAUCAACAACGCUUGGCUCAUGUAUCGACGAGAAACUAAAUGUCCAAAACCCAUAAAGCUCAAAGAAUUCAGAUGCGCGAUAGCUGACAGCCUCACUACUGUGGACCGAGUUGUUCAUAGUAAGAACACAGAGGCAAAAAAAUUUGUGACUCCUGAAAACCAGAUGGACAUGCGUUACGAUCAAAUGGGUCACAUGCCAUCAUUUACAUCCAAAGGGCGAUGUAAGCUUUGUGUUAAGGAUCAAACUAAAUUUUUCUGUAAUAAAUGCCAAGUGAGGCUUUGUUUAGUUGAAGAUCGUAAUUGUUUUUAUUAUUACCACCAGAAAUAAUGUAAUUAUCCAAAAUAGUAAUUUGGUAAUACUUAUGACCAACUUACAGUUGUAGUCACUUACAUUUUUUAUUUUCAUGUGUCUUUUUAUAUUUAAAUUUAUUGAUUGAUCUCAUAGAUUAUAAUACUGCAUUGUGUUAUAAUGUUGUGAUAUUAUUACGCUUUAUUAUUUUUAUUUUGUAAUUAACUACAGGUAUUUGAUGUGAUAUCUGUGUGACAGUGGUGGUCAAAAAGUCAAUUAUAAUAAAGAAGUUGAAGCUAUGUUCCUACUUUGAGUUGAAGACUGUGAUUUUAAAUAUUUUUAUAUAGAUAUUAUAUGAUUAAAACAGCAAAUAUAAAAAAUAUUCUA